UCGGAUCCCUGCAGCAGUUGUUCCCCGCGAGUCGCGACAGGCUGCACGUCGCUGGUUGUCGGGGUGACCGGCUACGGUAAACAACCCACCCCACCCCUCCUCAUUCACGUUAUUAAUUGAUACUUCGGGUCCAGCCCAUCAAGAAUCUCGAAACAACCAAAAAGCCUUCGCCGCCAAUCGUAUCAUGACUUGUUAGCUGUGCAUUCUUCGGCCUCUUGUUUCUCUUGCAUCGCGCCUGCGGGAGCUCUUCUGCCCAUCUUCUUUUUCUCCGAGCUCCUCGCUUCGUUAUUUACUUCCCACAUCACCCCUUCGAACCAGUGUUAGUCACCGACCAUGGCAUCCGAAUCGGCCCCAGCUCGCCACCACCAACGUGCCAAAUCGUCGGUUAUCAGGUCCUUCGUCCACCGUCGUCAGCCUUCGAAAGGCGAAGCCCUUGUGCCUGAACCACAAUCAGCGGAAAUACAAAAUAUCACAGCAGCCGCUCUACCGUCAGCCAUGGACGGCCGCAGCGCCUUGAACGGCCCUAUUGCACUGGGCGAGCUGCAGACAAACAGCCAGGACCCCACGUCGAAGCAGUAUAGGAUGUCAAGAGAAGAAUAUGGCGAGAAUUUGAGAGGACGCUCGCGCAGUCCGACCAAGAGUGCCUUGAGCAACCCUUUCAAGUCUCGCGAAAUGUCACCGACAAAGCCAACAAGUCCAGCAAAGCAAAAGUCUAGCACGAAUCUUGCCGGGCUGCUCAGACGGCCGAAGUCGAUCAAAGGACUGUACAGAAGUCUCGAAACAGAGGAAGCCAGCAUGGGGAAGGACAAGGAGAACCAGGCGCCCACAGAGGAGCUGGCCACACCGCCCCCCAUCUUUGCACAAUUCACGAGCGACACCUCAGUGCGACAGCAGCAGAGUGCCCGGUCGAGUAUGGAUCCUGGCCGCCCUACUGGCAGUCAAGACCUCCUUGGCCAUACCCGACCCGUGAUCCGAGAGCGACCCAAGUCGUACCAACUACCGCCUACCUCCAACCCUGUCUCGCGAUCGACAUCUACCACAUCUGACUCUAGGCCGGCCAAUUCCAAGAGCGCUCGCAGUAGAGCUUUUGCGGCACUGACUGGGCUCAGCCAUCGGGGCAAGGCAUCCGCGCCAACCAGUCCUGUUAUCAACGAGCCGAGCGAACCCCACAUCGACCCCAAGGACAUUGACCAGCACCUCGAGGCUCUGCUGGACCGUCGUAACAUCCCCGAGAACCAGCGCUUCAAAAUGCGCGGAUUGGACAAUACCAUCAAGAUGGAGUUUAUACGUCAAGACUGGGCGGAAACAAGGGGGGCUCAUCCUGGCAUCACCGACAGCGUCAACAGCAAAGAAAGCGACAGUGCCGUGGCCAUGGGUACGGAUGACGAGGACAAGUCAAAACGUACGCGCGGCCGGAGCUUCACAUUCUCGAGGAGCAAGAAGGGAGGCAGCAGUAGGUCGCCUUCGAAGAAGAGGGAGGGGACGCUCGGACGACACUUUCGCAGCAAGUCGACCGACAGCGUCGUGAGCGAUGGCAGGCCAACGUCCUCGCACGGCCAGUCAGCUGCCAGCAGCCUGUUGUCCAAGAUGAAGCUGCAACAGGGCCCAGGCGACUAUGUCGCGUACUUGCGAAAAGUCCAAAAGCCACAGCUGGUGGAGGUGGGCAAGCUGCACAAGCUUCGGCUGCUACUUCGCAACGAGACCGUUGCCUGGAUAGAGGACUUUGUGCAGCAAGGGGGGAUGAAGGAGAUUGUCGGAUUGCUGAAGCGAAUCAUGGAAGUCGAGUGGAGAGAGGAACACGAGGACGCGCUUCUGCACGAGAACCUACUGUGCCUCAAGGCACUCUCGACAACCGCUCUGGCUAUGCAGUACCUCGACACUAUACAAGCCGACCUCUUUCCGAAGCUCCUCCACAUGAUCUUCGACCCGGAACGCAAAGGGCCCUCGGAGUUUACGACCCGGGGCAUCAUUACAUUUGUCCUCUUUACGUACAUUGAGUCCGCCACACCGGCUGAACGGGUCAUCCGCGCCAAGGCCGUGCUCGCGCACCUUCGUGAUCCCGAGCCCAAGGACGAUCAGCGACCGCUGCCGUUCGUGAUGGACAUGCGGCAGCAGAGGCCGUACCGUGUUUGGAACAAGGAGGUUGUCAGCGUGACUAAGGAGGUCUUCUGGAUCUUCCUCCACAAUCUGAACGUCGUCAGCUUGGAGAAGAAACCGACCGCAGCCGGCGAGGGGACAUACGGUUACAUGGGUCGCCAUUUCCCACAGGAACGACCACCUGUGCCGGCCGCCCCCUAUGUCGGUGGUGUAGAGUGGGAUGCGACCAACUACCUGGCCUCGCAUCUAGAUCUGUUGAACGCGAUCAUUGCGUGCACGCCCACUGCAUCGCAACGGAAUGCCCUCCGCGCCGACAUGCGCAUCAGUGGAUGGGAGAGGCUCCUGGGCGGCCACUUGCGUCUGUGCAAGGAGAAGUUCUACGGCAGCGUGCACGACGGGCUGAGGACUUGGGUAUCCGCCGCGGACGAGGACGGCUGGGAGGUGAGGGAUGUGCGGUAUGGUCCGGCUCCCAGUGAGAGUCCACGCAAGGCGAGUCCGAAUAAACGGGUGGAAGCCCCAGCGCCCAAGAUUGAGGUGCCCAGGUUGGAUCUUGGCUUGGACAAGGGCAGCAGCCAGCACGACGGGUGGAUCGAAUGAGGUGCACUGUACAGUGUCCCCAUUGUUUGUAUUUGGUAUCUUAUGGGCUUUGUCGGAG